UAUUAUAUCUAUUUUAUAUUAUUAUUAUUGUUCUUCCCUUUUAUUCUGAAAGGUAAUAUCGCUUGAAACUGACAUAUUUCCGGUAUGAGUGUGUGUAGCUUGACUCUUGGCUCCGACCUCGGUCCCACACAGUUAAGGCGCCGUGCUGUGCCGCGACGCCUGACAAAGGUUCCGACCGCACGGAAAAUUUGCUUUAUCGAACAAUUAAUUCGCAAACAAUCAGGCGGGACAGUGACCGUUUUAUUGGCAUAUCAGAGAUGUGUUAUAUGUCUGGGUAGAAAACAAAAGACAAAACUUAUAUAAAUAAAUAAAACUUUAGAAUAAAACACACGUGUAUAAAAAAAUAUAAAUACAAAUAUGAUUGGUAUUUAAUUUACAUUAAAGGACUUCAGACUUCAGUCAGGCGCCAUUAAUUUGUAAAAUCUUAUAGAUCUUAACAUCUUUGCAAUUUAUAAAUUCAUAAAUUCAGGAUUUUCCGACUGAAGGCAACAAAACACAAAAAAGUUAAAAAAAUCAGUUUUAUGUUAAGUUUUGGAUGAUCAGGUGAUUAUAAAAUACACACUCAUGCUAACUUUGUUUUAAUUCUUAAAAAAACAGCCUUACUGAUUUUAAAAAAACAACAAUAUUAUGUCACAAUUAACAGUUUAUUUAGAUGAUUGUGUUUGUAUUUAAUUUAAACUCAUUUUUGGAUUGUAAUUGUUUUACAUUUUCAUUUCUAUUUCUUUGUUUGAGCUUCUGUCUCACCGGCCUCGGAAAUCAUCAUCACGAGGAAGAAGCAGAGAGCCUGAAGAGUCGACCAGAGAGAGGAAGAACAUGUGACCACAUCCUGACAACACACACACACACACACACACACACACACACAGAGUCAGUCGGUCGGAGUCGAUGUUUCAGUUGAACGCUGCAACCCAGAGACACCAGCUGAAACACAGCAACAUCCAGACAAAUUCACAGAUCGUCAGAUUCGCACGAAGACGCCUUCCAGAUAACACGCAAGCUGCCGCGCGCGCACGCAAUCAUGCGCACGAACACACGCGCACUCGGUGUUAGCAGGUGUGUGCGCGCGUGACGUCAUGUCUGACUUGUGGCCAUCUUCCUCGUCUCCUCCUCCUCCUCCUCCUCCCAUCAUUCAUCACUCGCCUCUGUCCCAGUCAUCUCCUUUCAUCUCUUCGCCUCCUCCCCUCUCCUCCCCCUCGUCACCCAGGAGCCAUGGAAACCCUCAUGCCAAGGUAACCUCCCCUCACCUGUGUCAGCUCCAGGUAACCUCCCCUCACCUCCAGCCUCAAGUGACCUCCCCUCACCUCCCACAUGUUACCUCCGCUCACUUUCGUCUUUCCCAGGUAAACUCCCCCCACCUCCUCUCCCCGCCCCAGCACCACCUCUACAACCAAAAUCAUGAUCCAGGUUUAGAUAAUCCAAAUUGGAGCAGAUCUGAACCAGCUUCUGAACUUUCCUACCUGCUCAAGAGCUACAGUUACUCCUACCAGAACCAGACCACAGCCCACCUGGAUCCCCAUCUCCAGAACCAGUUCAGUAAUGAUGUGACUGACCACAGAGAUGAACUGGAGAACACAUACAGACUGCCCUGUAACACUCACACACUCCUUGACAGUGGCGUGUACGAACAGGGUGACAGGCCUGGUCCAGUUCAGAACACCUGGAGGCCUCUGGGGCCAACUCUGUCCCAGCUGCAGGGCUCUCCUCUGGGCUCCAUGUCUGGAGAAGUCGCCCUGGGGAGAUGGAGCUCUGUGGAGUUCAGCUCAUCAUCUGCUGAAGACUACUCCAGCACCCAGUUUUUCCACGACAGCUGCCAUGACAACAACGCCCCCCAGCCAUUCUGUAGCCCCACCACCCCUGGUCCGAGUCCUCAUUACCCACAAACCCCAACUAUCUCCAGCCCCGGCCCUCAAAUGCAUCCCAGGGAAGAGAGACCGGAUUUUCACGCACAAGCAUCCAGACAGCUGAACAGAAAUAAAACCCUCAGCUGCUGUCUACACGAGUCUGACGGCUACCCUAUGAUCUCUGACCCCGGUCAGCACCACCCGCAUCAGACAAGCCGACACCUCCUCCAGAGCCAAAGUGAGCUGAACCAGGACCAGACGGGCCUCCUCGACGCCGCUGGGAUCUCGGAGAGCCGUUUCUCUCCACAGGGAAGAGGCCGGGACGUCAGCGGCGCUGCCCAGCCUCCGGGCCUCCUUGCUGGGCUGAGCUGGAGAGAGGAGUGCGGAGGAGGAAGAAGAAGAGGACGAGGAGGAGUAAGAAGAGGAGGAGAUAGUGAACCGAACUGGACCUGGAUUAAACGGCCGCAACCUGAGAACAGCACCGAGACUCUCGACAGCAGGCUGCUGUGUACGGUGUGCAACCGGGACUUCAGGAGUCUGCCGGCGUUGAACGGACACAUGCGCUCGCACAGCGGCUCCAGAUCAGCUGCGUGGCUGAAAAAGGGUGAGCGCUCCUCCCCGCCGGUCUCCAUGGUGAUGCCCGUCUCCGUGCCCGUCCAAUCCAGAGGCACGACCAAGGCGUGCAAGGGGGGACAGAGGAGAAGCAGUCGUCUCUCUCCAGCCACCGGAGGCGCUGCGCUCUACCGCAGCCUGCUACGCCAAGAGGAAGAGGAAGGGGUUGCUAGGGGCGACGGCGCAGCAAGCGGUGGACGUGAUGAUGAGGAAGCUGUGGUUGUCGGGGGUGACAGCGGUGUACAUUACACCCCCCCGCCCAUGCUGUGUCCCCUCAGGGCGGGGCCUGGGUUGUACUGCUCCCUCGCCACCGGGAGGCAGCAGAGGGUGCAGACUGUGCAGCUUCACGCCACACACAAUGGACUCGGUGAUCUCGUUGCCGUGGAGACAGCCUCUCCUCCUCCUGGAACACUAACGACAGGAAUCAAUGAGCCGCGGAUCAAUGUGGGGCGGGGCUUCCAGGCUGACAUCCCACCUCUGCGGGGCCGAAAAUAUGCCCACUCCGACUCCCACAAUGCACUGCUGCUGUGGGCGCCGUGGGACGAGCUGGGGCGUCCCAUCAAUCAGCAGAGAGUUGAAGCUCUGUUGGCGAUGGCUCGCUGCAGCGUGGUGCCAGGGGGCGGAGCCAGCCCAGAGUCGGCCCUCCGCGUCCUAUUGGAGUGCAGAGGAGACUUCCUGCUGACGGUGGAGAAGCUGCUGUCAUCUCCGGAAACCUCCACCAGCAGCCGCGCCGCUCAGCCGCAUCCAGGCGUCAGCUGGAGCGCAGAGGAGCGGAGGUUGCUGGUUAAAUCGCUGCAGCUCCACCACAAAGACUUCAGCAGAAUCCAGAAAGCCGUUCGGACGAAGUCCCUGUCUCAGUGCGUGGAGUUUUAUUAUCUGUGGAAGAAGCAGCUGAGUCUGAGCACGAGGACCCCGGCUGGGCUGACCGUCACGCUGCCCGACACAAACGGUCAAAGGUCGUCAAGAUCUCACGCCGCGUCAUGAACCACCGCACCGCCAGCUGCUGGAGACACACACUACUUGCAGACACACACACACGCACGAAAUUAAUGUAAAUUUCGUUGUUAAGGCUUAAACGGCAAAACCUGUGAUGCGUUUAGUGUUUAAAUCCUCGCGGCGGUUCACUCCAAUAACGCUUAAAUGCUUCACGUCAUCAUCGCACGUUAUCUAUUUAUUUCCAGCCUGCUUCUCUGGUGUCACAAGUCGUUGUAUCGAUGAAAAAUAUCUUCAGACGAGCUGAACAUUAAAGGAAAAACAUUUGUCUCCA